GAAAUGCGCGCGCAGUUCUCACGGCCGCGCCAGCACGGCUUUUCAAUUAUCUGCAACAUUUUACGCACAGACUACAUGGCGGAGAUUCCAGGACCAGCUGUCGAUGAAGAGGAAUGGAGUGAUGACGAGUUUGAGGGAUAUGUGGACAAUACUGACGGUGAACCACAAUGCAAAGAAACCAAGGAUGUCGAGAGCACUGCAGAAUUGGACGUUGGCAAGGAGUGUGAAGUGAGGGGGAUACCAGAGUAUUCUCAGUUGCCUGGUAUCAAUCAUCAGUGCAGUGAUGCAGUAACUCCACUGGAAAUCUAUAACAUGUUGCUAACAGAUGACAUCCUUGACCAGAUUGUCAAACAGACAAUUCUGUAUGCUGAUCAAUACACCACCAGUCAUCCUGUCCUUCCUCAUUCGAGAGUGCACGGUUGGUCUCGUGAACCAUUCACACGGGAAGAGCUGCAGAAGUUUAUUUCGUUAAUCAUUGUGAUGGGCCUCGUAAACCUUCCAACUCUUGAAGACCACUGGGUGACAACGUGGCCUUACUCGAGUCAGACAUGCUCCAAGGUCCUGAAACGAGACAGAUUCACCCUCAUUCUCAAAUUUUUUCACCUCAACAACAACGCUCACUACAUUCCCAAGGGACAGCCAGGUCAUGAUCCCCUAUACAAGCUCCGCCCCCUCCUCGAUCCCCUCAUUGGCAACUUCCAGGCUGCCUAUACUCUCAACCGAGAGCUGUCAGUCGACGAGGCAAUGGUUGGCUUCAAAGGGAGGCUGUCCUUCCUGCAGUACCUGCCCAGGAAGCCCACCAAGUGGGGGAUGAAGGCUUUCGUCUUAGCUGACAGCUCCAAUGGCUAUGUUUACAACUGGAAAUUGUAUACAGGAAAAGACAAAACUUUGCCACUGGGAGAACAGAGUUACCCGCAUGCGGUAGUUCUAGAUCUACUAAAAGGUUUGGAGCGCAGGGGACAUCAUGUCUAUGUGGACAACUACUACACAAGCCCAGCUCUUUUUUCCGACCUACGAGACCGGGGAUUUGGAGCCUGUGGCACAGUCAGGGCCAAUAAACGUGGGCUACCUAUUGAAAUGAAGGCAACCCUAGAGAAAGGAGCUGUAAUCUCGGCUAAUGUGGACAGGUCCAUGAUGGCACUCAAGUGGAUGGACAAGAGGCCAGUAUUGAUGCUGACAACAAUUCACGACAACUCAAUGACCACCAAGGUUCGUCGAAAGCGUCGCAGGGGGGGAGAGAGGGAGGAGAUCAGGAAACCAGUCGCUGUGGAUCAGUACAACCAGUUCAUGGGUGGGGUGGAUCGCUCAGACCAGCUCCUCUCCUACUAUGGUUUCUCACACAGAACUGUGAAGUGGUGGAGAAGGGCAGCUUUUCACCUGUUAGACAUGGCCAUUGUCAAUUCCUAUGUGCUUUACUCAUCGCUGCACACUGGCAGGAAAUUGACCCACGAGCAGUUUCGCAUUGAGCUAGCCAAGGAGCUACUCCUUCAGGCUUCAGUAAACGUUGCUGAUGAUAUGUCCGCGUGUCAUGGUAGGCUUCAGCGUCCGCUGCCUCCGCAGGCACGACUCACAGAGCGACACUUCCCCAGCCAUCUCCCCUGCACACCGUCUGGAAGGAGGGGACAAAAAGUGUGCGUGGUGUGCAGCAAGAAGAGAGGUCACGGGCGGAAAACGACAAGCUUUAUGUGCAACCAGUGCCAACACCCCAUGUGUAUCAUCCCUUGUUUUGAACUGUACCACACCAAAGUAGACCCAGUUAGAUAUUUGCCAAUUCAGUAGCUAUAUCUUUCAUUAUAUAUAAUAUAGCUAGGUUUGUUUUGUAGAUUAUAGCAGUAUAUGUUGAAUCUAGGGAUUCCAUAAUGGUAGCUACAGGCAUUUGUUGCACAGCCAUAAUACACAAUUAUUAUUUGUCUGUUAACGCGAUUUCUCG